ACAUUCAUCUAUCUUGAUUGCAGAAUGACCUCCAACACAACUCUUCUUCCUCACACUAAUCAGCAUGUGAAUGCUAAGGUGGACACUGGGGACACGGUGAAUAAGUUCAGCAUUGUCAUCCUCGCCAUCAUUGUUAUCUUCGGCACCUUUGGGAACUCUGUGGUCAUCUGGAUGGCCAGCUUCCGUAUGAAGCCCAAUGUCACUAACGUUUGGCUGGUCAAUCUCGCCGUAGCAGACCUGAUCUUCUGCCUGUCACGAAUCACUUCUCUCAUCAAACUCAUUUUCUAUGACCAUUGGGCUUUUGGACUCUUUCUCUGCAAGUUUACUGGUUUCUUCAAGUACGCCAACAUGUUCUGCAGUGUUUUUCUUCUGGCCGUCAUCAGUGUGGAUCGAGCGCUCUGCGUUUGCAAUCCAGUGUUCACCAGAGAACGACGGACGUUAUUUGCCGCUCGUGUGGUCAGUGUUGGAGUUUGGAUUGUGGCGGUGAUCUUUAGUUCACCGUACUUUGUGUACCGGGAAGUCUUUCCUUACAAGAACAACGUGAGCCAAUGCUCACUGAAGGAGACAGGUGACAAUUCAGAAAAGUAUAUCUACUACUUUAUUCGUUUCAUCUGUGGAUUCGUGUCGCCCUUCCUGGUGAUCCUUAUCUGUUACAUACUAGCUGCUGUUGGGAUACGCAGAACACGGCUCUCUGGAAAAUCAAGGCCUCUUCGGAUUCUUGCUGUAUUGGUCUGUGCCUUUUUCUUAUGUUGGGCUCCAUACCACUUUAUAGGGCUGGUCAAGUUGGUGAACAAAGACCAUAAGGCAGUAAAAAAAGGAUGGACUAUGGCUUCACACUUAGCUUAUUUCAACAGCUGUGUGAACCCAGUUCUGUAUUUCUGCAUGGGACUGGAUGUUCGCCGACGCUGCAACCAAAGCCUGUCUGGCAUUUUUCACAGAGCACUUACGGAGGAAGACCAAAGUAUCUCACAACAAGGCACUAAGGAAGAAAGUAUUGAUUCCAUCCAAAAGAAUGCAGAUACUGAGUGUGAAUCAAAAUUCUUAUAAAACUUUUUAUAACCAAGUUAUUAGAUGAGAUGCGAUUGCAUGAAACUGUUUCUUAGCUGCAUGCACUGUAUGAUCUGCCGUUUCAGUUAAAAAAGAUGUUAGAUAUAUUAAAAACAAAGCCAGAGCUAAAUAUGCAUAAUUAAUUUACUGUACCUGUUAUUGUCAGAAUAUUUUCAGUAUUUGUCAUAUGCUAUUUAAACGUAACCUUGUCAAAAAGCUUUGAAAAUGUCAGCUUUCACCAUACAAAUAAAUAUGAGCUGCUUGUUUGCCUAUACAUAAAUAAAGAAUUGAAAAAAAAAGAAAGAACAUUUUCUGAGGUGAAGUGAAGAAAAGUUUAUAUUUCAGCUGAUAUAAUGCAU